AUGCAUUCCAAGUUCCUCAUUUCCUGCCUGUUCGCUUUACCCUGCGCCAGCGCAAUCCUCAACUAUUGCAUCCCUGGCAUCAACGUCACUCUCGGCGACAAGUGUAUCCUGGAAGGCAACGAGUAUUGCAAUCACGACUGCUCCAGCGCCAUCGCUUGUACCAGCGGGGCGUACCAGCUAAUGAAAACCUGCGAGCGCAACAGCUGCAACUGGGAUGAGGAUAACGGGUCGGCCUCCUGCAGGUUUAAGCCUCCCGAGCCUCGCAUGCCCGACCAUACUCCGGAGCCAGCAUUAGCCGGCAUCUUCGAGUCGACCUCGGAAUGUCUCCCGACCUUCAGGAUCGGCGCGUCUUGCGACAACAAACCGGGAGCAGAGGGCCAGAUGAGAUGUGAUGAGACUUGCACCAGUGUCGGCAUCUGCCACGAUGGCAUCUUCCAGAUCAACAGCCCCUGCGCCCCGGGACGCUACCAGCACUGGAGCGACAACGAUGCUAGGAGUCAUCCGAGCGAGCUGAGUCAGUCACCAACGUUUAGCAUGGAAGGCGUCGCCGAUUCUAUGCUCUUCGAGACCAGUGUCUACUUCGGCAUCAACCGGAGGAUUCCGAGAGGCAAGGCAAUGCGAGGCUGCAUGUCGUGA